GUGCACGGCGCGCCACCGUCGCGCGCGGAGGCCGCCCUGCCCGCGAAGAUGGCCGCGGAGCUGUACCCGGCCGCCGGCGCCGCGGCCGCCACCGCCACCGCCACGGACAUCGCUAACAGCAACGCCGCCGCCGCCGCCGCCGCCACGGGCAGGAAGGGCCCGCCCAGCGCCCCGCCGCCCGUCCCGCCGCCGCCCGCGCCCGCGCCGCCCGCGCCCGACAACAACAACUUGGAGAGUCCCAACUGGCAGUCGUUCCACCCGACCCUGCGCGAGAGGAACGCGCUGAUGUUCAACAACGAGCUCAUGGCUGACGUCCACUUCAUCGUGGGGCCCCCGGGAGCGGCCCGCAGGGUGCCCGCCCACAAGUACGUCUUGGCCGUUGGGAGCUCUGUCUUCUAUGCCAUGUUUUAUGGCGAUUUGGCAGAAGUUAAGUCAGAGAUCCACAUCCCCGACGUGGAGCCCGCAGCCUUCCUAAUCUUGUUAAAGUACAUGUACAGUGACGAGAUCGACCUGGAAGCCGACACGGUGCUGGCCACUCUCUAUGCUGCCAAGAAGUACAUCGUGCCGGCACUAGCUAAAGCCUGUGUUAACUUCCUGGAGACCAGCCUGGAAGCCAAAAACGCCUGUGUCCUGCUGUCCCAGAGCCGGCUGUUUGAGGAGCCCGAGCUGACCCAGCGCUGCUGGGAGGUCAUCGAUGCUCAGGCGGAGAUGGCUCUGAGGUCUGAAGGCUUCUGUGAGAUUGACUGGCAGACGCUGGAGAUCAUCGUGACGCGGGAGGCCCUCAACGCCAAGGAGGCCGUGGUCUUCGAGGCCGUCCUGAGCUGGGCGGAAGCAGAGUGCAAGAGGCAGGGCCUGCCGGCCACCCCGCGCAACAAGAGGCACGUGCUGGGGCCCGUCCUCUACCUGGUCCGGAUUCCGACCAUGACCCUGGAGGAGUUCGCCAACGGCGCCGCCCAGUCGGACAUCCUGACGCUGGAGGAGACCCACAGCAUCUUCCUGUGGUACACGGCUGCCAACAAGCCCCUCCUCAGCUUCCCGCUGACCAAGAGGCAGGGCCUCGCCCCGCAGAGGUGCCACCGUUUCCAGUCCUCCGCCUACCGCAGCAACCAGUGGCGCUACCGCGGGCGCUGUGACAGCAUCCAGUUUGCCGUGGACCGAAGGGUGUUCGUGGCAGGGCUGGGCUUGUACGGCUCCAGCUCCGGGAAGGCCGAGUACAGCGUGAAGAUUGAACUGAAGCGGCUGGGGGUGGUCCUGGCUCAGAACCUGACCAAGUUUGUCUCGGACGGCUCCAGCAACACCUUCUCAGUCUGGUUUGAGCACCCCGUGCAGGUGGAGCAGGACACCUUCUACACGGCCAGCGCAGUCCUGGACGGCAGCGAGCUCAGCUACUUUGGGCAGGAAGGCAUGACGGAAGUGCAGUGCGGGAAGGUGACCUUCCAGUUCCAGUGCUCCUCGGACAGCACCAACGGGACCGGGGUCCAGGGUGGGCAGAUCCCAGAGCUCAUCUUCUAUGCCUGAGGCGGCAUGGGUACGCCGUGAGGGGCGCUGGGAGGGGAAGGGACGUGCAGGAGGCCGUGCUACCCCUUCACCCCCCGCCGACCGCCUCGCUGACGUCAUUAAAGACCUUGCUUAGUUUGUA